GAGAAAUUUCAACAUUUUGAAGUGUAAUAUUCCUCCUCAGCAGCAGGGGGCGCGACUAAACCGAACCAGUCUGGUUCAAACUGUUAGCUUUCCUCACUAAAGUGUACACGAACAAUUGUUAUGGAUCAGAAAAUUCCUUACGAUGACUACCAGCUCCCGGUGGUAUUCCUGCCUUCUUAUGAAAAUCCACCGGCAUGGAUACCUCCACAAGAGCGGGUUCACCACCCCGACUACAACAACGAGCUCACCCAGUUCCUCCCUCGCACCAUCGUGUUGAAGAAGCCUCCAGGAGCACAGCUGGGCUUUAACAUCCGUGGUGGCAAGGCGUCACAGUUGGGAAUCUUUAUAUCCAAGGUGGUCCCAGACUCAGAUGCACACAGAGCAGGACUACAGGAGGGGGAUCAGGUUCUUUCUGUGAAUGAGGUGGAUUUCCAAGACAUAGAGCACUCCAGAGCCGUGGAAAUUCUGAAAACUGCACGAGAAAUUGUGAUGAGGGUUCGCUUUUUCCCCUACAAUUACCAAAGGCAAAAGGAGAGAACCGUACACUAGAUGGCAGCACAAACUCAUGACAGGAGGUCAUCAUCUUCCUCCUACAGACUCUGGCCUCCGUUCUGUCUCAGCUGCAAGAUGACGAAUGUUUGAUUAGUCAGCCUCACUGACAGGCCUCCAUGUUGGGAAUUGUUCUGCACACUGUUGUAUUUGUUAAAAAUAAUCACAAUGUUUCACUGUGGUGAUUCUAGUGCAUCACUCACUGGAGGUUUGGUUGUGGCUCUGCAUUAGGAAGUGGACAGUUUUAGAGCAGAAGGGUUCAAUUCCUGGCCUGGAGGGCUGGUUUCCAGCACGUUUUAGAUUUAGCCCUGCUUCAACACACCUGAUUUCAAUCAGCAGGUGACUGACAGGCUUCUGCAGAGCCCGAUGAGCUGCUGCAGGUGAUUCAAUCACGGAAUCUAGUGUAUUGGAGCAGAGAAACCACUAAAACAUUCUGGAUACCGGCCCUCUAGACCCAGGUUUGGGAACCACCGGUUUAGACCGUACUGUCCAUUAGUGUUUAAAACAUGUGCAUGCAUAACUAUUACCUUUCCACUUUUAAAAUCAAGUUGAUAAAGUUGGUCUUCAGUGCACUUCUGUAAAAUAUUCAGGUUAACACAUAUGCACUGUAAAAAGUCAAAUGGAAUACACAUAUUUUAGAUAUAAAGAGAAUUUAACUUGAAAUAAAUUUGGCAUGUAUGAAUUUAGAAUAUUUAACAGAUGUUUGUCAUUGUAUAAAAGGAUCAAACGUGUAAAUACUGACUACUUAACUGUAAUAUUGUCUGCUAGUUUCACAGGUUUUACCCAUUUGGUGCUUUGAUUAUUUGUUAUAGUUUCAAUCAUAAUUUUAGGUGCCAAAAUGUUAAAUAGAAUAUUUAAUGUUUUUAAUUAACUGAAAUUACAAUGUGAAGCUUGUGGAAAGGUUAUUUGUUUUCUGCAGUAGCUUCAAGAUGUGCAAGUUUUUGACCAAAACUGGUUUCCUUUAGUUUACAAAAACCAAAGAGUGUAGAUUAGAACAAGGAUAUAACCAUUGAAUGUGUAUGUAUCCAAAAUAGUUGAUGUGCCCGACUGAUUCAUUUCAGCCAUUUUAUUCUGUCCAUUGAUCAUUUCAAUAAAGUGUUUCUAUUGAAACUUCA